AUGACUUUAAAAAAUGGAUACAGAAAAAUUAUAAAAAUUCUUUUUAUAUUCAUACACAUUUUUCAUAUUACUAUUGAAUCUUUUGUAACUAAUUACUUAUGUACCAUAAAUGAAACGACACAUUAUAAUAAUGUAUUCUAUAAAAACAAGAAUAGGACAAUUUUAAAAGAUAAAAAGUACCUUUUGGAAAAAAAGAAAAAAAAUCUUUUUAACGUCCAACCAUCCACUGCUAUCACGCCUGAUAAUGAAACAAGCAAUGAGAUAAUCAAAAAAGUAAAAUUAAAAAAAAAGGAUAAGAAAAUAUUUAAAAAAUAUAAAGAUUUCCUUGAUAUAAUACCAAAAAAAACUAAUGAGUAUACCUUAAUGGAAGCAAUAGAAAAAAUUAAAACCUUAGCCAUACAUAAAUUUGUUGAAAGCAUAGAUAUUUAUUUAUCCUUUAAUCCGAAAAAAUCGAAAAUGACUAAAAAUGAUAAUAUAAAAACGUUUAUUACUUUUCCUCACAAUUUAAAAAAAAAGAGAGAAAAAAAAGUAUAUGUGGUAACUAAUGCGAAGUUGCAAAAAAUAGCUAGCCAGUCAGGAGCGGAUGUUGUUGGUGAAGAUGAUUUGAUAAAUAAAAUAAAAGAAAGAGAAAUUAGACUACAGAAAAAGAAUAAUAAUUUUUUAAUUUGCACAAAUGACUGUAUACACAAAUUGACAAGAGUAGGAAAAGAGAUAGGAAGAAAAGGAUUAAUGCCUAAUGAAAAAUGUGGAACAUUAGUUAGUGAAUUUUUAUUACCUAAACAUAUAAAAUUAUUUAAAUCUGAAAAUACAUAUAUAUUUAAAUUAAAUAAAUUAAAUACAUUAAAUAUAAAUAUUGGAGAUGUUUAUAUGUCAAAUGAUGAAAUAAGAGAAAAUAUUAACCACUUAUUUGAACAUUUGGAAAAUCUUGAAUUUUUUCAUUUUAAUUUUAAACACGUCAAAACUAUUUAUUUAAGUAGUACUAUGGGUUUCCCUUUUAAAAUAAAGAAAAAUUCUUUAUAA